CAGCUUCUCAGCAAUCAUGUCAAGUGUACCACAACAGCAGCAAAAAAGUACAAACAUGGAGGAGAUAAAGAAGGGAGCAUGGUCUUGGGAGGAAGAUCAAAAAUUGAAAGAUUAUAUCAUGAGAUAUGGCAUUUGGAAUUGGAGCAACAUGCCCAGAUUUGCAGGGCUUUCAAGAACGGGAAAAAGUUGUAGAAUAAGAUGGAUGAACUAUCUCCACCCUGAAGUUAAGAAAGGCCCCUUCAGCAUUGAAGAAAGAGAAACGGUCAUCAAAAUGUAUCAGCAACUCGGAACUCGAUGGUCAGCUAUUGCUGCAAAAUUGCCAGGAAGAACUGACAAGGACGUUAAAAACUUCUUCUACACACAUUUAAAGAAGCAUCUAGGUAUGAAAAAUGAUGCCCUACUGAAGUUUAAGGCAAGACGCAAAAGGGUGGAGAAAACCAAGAAAAGUGAGAAGAAGAUAAAUCCCGAAUUCGAAAAAGCUCAAGAAAGACCCAUAUUAUUACUGGCUAUUAAUAAUCUAACGAUAGGAACAUCCAGCAACAACAGUUUGAUAUCACCUGAUGUUUCUUCAUCCAACAGCAGCAUUAUUACAUUCGAGGAAAACCAAAAGAUGAAUAAUGUGGAUGAUCAGCCAAUUAUUGACAUGGAAAACACGGUUAUCUUGGAGAGCAAUCCUGAAACUCAUCUGUCUGAUCAUAGUUUGAGCAUUGAGUCAAUGGAUCAGUUCGAUACGAGUUCGUUCUGGUUUCAUCUACUUAAUGAUGCCCACCGUCUUAUUUUAUGA